AUGAGGGAGAUUAUCAACAUUCAAGUUGGUUCGUGUGGAAAUCAAAUCGGGGGAAAGUUUUGGGAGGUGAUUUCUGACGAACACGGUAUCGACCCAAGCGGCUGCUAUCACGGUGACUCGGAUCUGCAGCUGGAACGAAUAAAUGUCUACUACAAUGAGGCUUCAGGCGGCAAAUAUGUGCCCCGAACGGUGCUCGUAGAUCUCAAACCAGCCACGAUGGACGCCGUACGUUCGGGACCGUUUGGAUGUCUUUAUCGACCUGACAACUUCGUCUACGGUCAAGGUGGCGGAGCCAACAACUGGGCGAGAGGCCACUACACGGAAGGUGUCGAAAUUCUAGAAUCGGCAUUAGACGUGAUUCGACGAGAAGCUGAAGGUUGCGACUGCCUUCAAGGCUACCAGAUUUCUCAUUCCCUAGGUGGUGGGACUGGUGCCGGAUUGGGCACUCUGUUGAUAAACAGAAUAAGGGAAGAAUACCCAGAUAGAAUCAUCCUGUCUUUUUCCGUGUUUCCGAGUGCACGAGUUUCAGACUGUGUCGUUGAGCCAUACAACACAACACUUGCGGUGAACCAGCUCGUAGAGAAUACGGACCACACCUUUUGCCUGGACAACGAGGCGUUAUACGACAUCUGUUUUAGAACGCUGAAGCUCACCACGCCAACGUAUGGCGACUUGAACCAUUUAAUAUGCGCUACGAUGUCUGGAAUCACUACGUGUCUAAGAUUCCCUGGCCAACUCAACGCGGACUUGAGAAAGCUUGCCGUGAAUAUGGUGCCUUUCCCUCGCCUUCACUUUUACACGCCAGGCUUCGCGCCCUUAACGUCUAGAGGCGGCCAGCAGUAUAGAGCUUUAACUGUACCUGAAUUGACACUUCAAAUGUUUGAUGCAAAAAAUAUGAUGGUAGCCUGUGAUCCACGACAUGGCAGAUAUCUGACAGUAGCGACGAUAUUCAGAGGCAGAAUGUCAAUGAAAGAGGUUGAUGAACAACUAGUUAAUAUUCAGAAUAAGAACAGUACAUAUUUUGUUGAGUGGAUACCCAAUAACUGCAAGAUUGCAGUAUGUGACAUUCCGCCUAGAGGUUUAAAGAUGUCGUCAACGUUUAUUGGAAACACAACAGCCAUUCAAAGUAUAUUCAAAAGGGUGGCAGAGCAGUUUGUAGCGAUGUUCAGGAGGAAAGCUUUCUUACACUGGUAUACUGGUGAAGGUAUGGAUGAAAUGGAGUUCACAGAAGCAGAGAGCAAUAUGAACGACCUAAUAUCAGAAUACCAGCAAUACCAAGACGCCACAGCUGACGAUGAGGGAGAAUUCGAUGAAGAAGCGGAAGGAGAGGGAUUAGAAGAAUGA